GGCCAAUAACGAAUAGAUUGCGGAGGGAUUUAAUGAGUUGGUCCGAUACAAGUCAAGGGAAAAGGAGUCGAGGCACAGUGAACCUUCGCAAACUCUGGCUCAAUUGGAUUGGGGAGCUCGCACCCAAACCUAAAACUGGCUGCUAGAAAUAGCCGUGACCCAGGCCUUUGGGCGGGGCGAGUUUAAAGCGGAUUUCGCGCUCUAAGAGCGUCAGACUGUUAUUGGUCAGCGACUUCUUCCCUUUGUGGGAGCUCCCUGCGUCGCCGGGUUAGGGGUUGGGAGGAGCAACCGAGUGACGCAGUAGCCUCCCCAGCUAAUCAGGGAAGGGGAAGAGAGACCGAGAAGGAAGCGGAUCCGCUGCCGUGCAGCUGAACUGCAGCGAACUACCCGCUUCGUCUCCCUCCGCCACUAUCGGGGCCUAAGCGGGAGCGGCCGGGACGGCGUCACUGGGUGGGCUGGGGCGGAAGUGGAGGCGGAGGGAGACGGCGGCGUCCACAGGGCCUUGGGAACUCGCGGCGAGGUCCUGGGAACUCGCGGCGAGGCCCUGGUGGGCGCGAGGCAGGGGGAGGGGGAGGAGGAGGAGCCCGCGGCCCGGGCGGCGGCGGCGGCGCCCGAGUUCCCCGUAGGGCUCCGCCUCGGAGCGGGCGGCUGUGGAGGAGGAGACUGAGGAGCAGGAUGGCGGCCUCGGCCCUGUACGCCUGCACCAAGUGUACCCAGCGCUAUCCUUUCGAGGAGCUCUCCCAGGGCCAGCAGCUCUGCAAGGAAUGUCGGAUUGCGCAUCCUAUUGUAAAAUGUACUUACUGCAGAUCAGAAUUUCAACAAGAGAGCAAAACUAAUACAAUUUGUAAGAAGUGUGCUCAAAAUGUGAAGCAGUUUGGCACGCCCAAGCCUUGUCAGUACUGUAACAUAAUUGCAGCAUUUAUUGGUACAAAGUGUCAGCGUUGCACAAAUUCAGAAAAAAAGUAUGGACCACCUCAGACUUGUGAACAGUGCAAACAACAAUGUGCUUUUGAUCGGAAGGAGGAAGGAAGAAGAAAGGUUGACGGAAAAUUAUUAUGCUGGCUUUGUACUUUAUCAUAUAAGAGAGUUUUACAAAAGACAAAAGAACAGAGGAAGAGCCUGGGAUCUUCACAUUCAAAUUCAUCAUCUUCAUCUCUUACUGAGAAAGACCAGCAUCAUUCAAAACAUCAUCACCACCAUCAUCACCAUCACCAUCGUCACAGCAGUAGUCAUCACAAAAUCAGCAAUCUGAGUCCAGAACAAGAGCAGGGACUGUGGAAACAGAGCCAUAAAUCCUCUGCAGCAAUUCAGAAUGAAACUCCAAAGAAAAAGCCCAAAUUGGAAUCUAAGCCAUCUAAUGGAGAUAGUAGCUCUAUAAAUCAGUCAGCAGAUAGUGGGGGAACAGACAAUUUUGUCCUUAUAAGUCAACUGAAAGAAGAAGUGAUGUCACUUAAACGUCUCUUACAGCAGAGAGACCAGACCAUUUUAGAAAAAGAUAAAAAGUUAACUGAACUAAAGGCGGACUUUCAGUACCAAGAGUCAAACUUGAGAACAAAGAUGAACAGUAUGGAAAAAGCUCACAAAGAAACUGUGGAACAACUUCAGGCCAAAAACAGAGAACUACUCAAACAGGUUGCAGCACUAUCAAAGGGUAAAAAGUUUGACAAAAGUGGAAGCAUAUUAACAUCCCCUUGAGAAGGUUAUUGACUUAGUGUUUCUGCUGAAAAUGUAAAUUCAAAAAAAAAGUAUCUGUGAAGCUCUUAAAUUCUGUGUAGUGGGAAAAUAUUUUUGCACACCAAAUGAAUUGGCGUGUUUCCUAUUCACUUUUGUAACUGAUAUACAGCAUUUUUUAAGUUGUAAAACAUUCAGAUUAAGCUUCAACUGGUUUGAAGUAACUUUUUAAUUAUUUGAUAUCAAGGAACUUUUUUGCCAGCAAUAGUAUUAAACAGUUGUAAAGGA